ACUUCCGCUCGGCCAAAAAAUGGCGGCUACCCUUUCGGACUCACGUGUUGGUGUCGGGAAGAAGCAGAAAAAGUUACAGAAGAAGAAAAGGAUGAAGAUGAUGGAGGCGGCUUUGUCGUCGGAGUCUGAGCCAGAGGAAGACAGCCCCAGCGGCGGCCGCGGUUCUGUAGGAAGUUGGGGAGUUGCCAAAGACCAUUUUUCUUCUGAUGAAGCAAUUGAAGGCGAUAAUGAAGAUGAUACCAUAGCUUAUGACAAAGAAAAUGAAAGUGCAGCAGAAUCUAAUGUUGGGACUAAUGCAGGCUGGGCAGAUGCCAUGGCUAAAAUUCUUAACAAAAAAAUUCCUAAAAGUAAAUCUACUAUUCUCAUCAAAAACAAAGAGCUGGAGAAGGAAAAAGAGAAAGAAAAACAAGAGAGACUGGAGAAAAGAAAACAGCUUGAUAAGAAGCGGGAGUGGGAAAUGAUGUGCAGAGUGAAGCCAGAUGUUGUCAAAGACAAAGAAAUAGAGAGAAAUCUUCAGAGAAUUGCUACGAGGGGUGUGGUGCAGUUAUUCAAUGCUGUUCGGAAGCACCAGAAGAAUGUUGAUGAAAAAAUGAAAGAAGUUGGAGGCUCUGUGAGAAAACGUGCAAAGUUGAUGUCAACUGUGACCAAGAAAGAUUUCAUUAGUGUUCUCAGAGGAGUGGAUGAAAGCAAAGACAGCAGGAAUCCCACAGGCCAGAAUUCCAAAGACAAACAGGAUAAAGGGAAAUCAGAGCAGGGCUCAAGCUGGAACAUAUUGCGUGAUGACUUUAUGAUGGGAGCAACAAUGAAAGACUGGGAUAAGGAAAGUGAUGGACCAGAUAACACUGAAUGAAGCUCCAGAAAUGACUGACAGAUGACACCAUAGAGAAAUUGGAAUUCUUGUUAUUUUUCUGGAUUAAAGUGUUUAUUAUCUAAAUGAGUUUUAUAAUAUGGAGGUGGUAAUACAGAUGCUGUUUAAAGAGAAAACAACAGACUGCCUUUAUUUUUACCAACUUCAAAAUUGUCCUCUUUUACUUAAUUUUUUCUUAGCUUACAUCAAAAUCUAAAACUAUUUUCUAAAAGUUAUAAUUUUUAGUGUUGCCCCAAAACAUUGUUUAGAUAUUCAAAACAAAACAUUGCCUCAGUAUAUUUUGCCAAUUUCAUUACAAGUUUAAAUAUUAGUUGUGAGUGUUAAUCUGUUCUUGUAUUUCCAAAUUAUUAAUAUCCCUAGAAAUGUCAUUGCCUGCUGGUAAUGAAGAUGACCUAUAUUUAAUUUUAAUAAAUUUUUGCUACAUAAAGUCUGUGAUUUUACAUGUUAGUAUGUGUGUACUUAUUUUGAGUAGAUGUCUUUUGUAUUCAGCAUCAUUUUUCUUUUAGAGAGACUGAGGAAAACUAUAGGUAAUAAAGCAAGGUUAGAACUGUAGUUCUGGCUUUGAGUGAUUCAAUUUGAGAGCCAUGGAAAUUUAAUUUUAAAAAAAUUACAGACCUGCAAGUCAGGGAUUCUUUCUCACAUUAUUCUCUAGGUUUAUUUUAAACAUGAAAUCAGUUUGGAGACAGGACAGCCAUUGUUUCAGUUUGUUAAAAAAAAAAUGACAUAAUAUCUUGAAGAGUAGGUGAUGGGAUAUUUUUGCAGGGGGCAGUAUGCAAUUCCUUUUUUCUUAAUCUGUUUGGGUUUGGGGGAAGGAAGGAUAUAUUUGACUUAAAAGAGAAUGUUCUAAAACUAGAAAUGUUGACGUAAUGCACUAUACGUAGUAACUGCAAAGAUUAGUGAUUUAGAUGAUAUUGACUAUCGAGUAUUUAUCAAUGGUGGAAGAAAAGUUAGGAUUCGAUCUAUGUAGUUUAAAAAUAUCAAAUUGAUUUAUAGGUCAAUUUACAUAUAGGUCGAACCAGGGCUAAAGUAGGAUGAUGCUGAUAUUAAAUUAUUAAAAUUAAAAGUUCAUAGCUUUCAUUCCUCUUAAACUGUAGAAUACAAGAGUAUAAGUUGCACUAAUUACUCUUUCAUACUAUUUUUCUUAACUUUUGUGGAAGAUUGUACUUUGUGAGUGGUUUAGUUGGAAGUUUGUGAAGGUUUUGUUUAUCAUCACAACCAGCUUUUUAAAAAGAUUCAAAAUUCCUUAAUGAAAUAUUCAACAACUUGGGUCAGGUUUUUAAGGUCCAUUCUAUUCUCUAUCAUUGCCCACUAAGAAUAGUUCCUUUGUUAUCCAUAAAACUUGCAUCGGGUAUGUAGUAUAGCAUAAUCUUUCCAAAAAACCUCAAUGUUAAUAGCAGAAAUGUUUAUAUUUUCAAGCUCAUUUGAGUGUUAAAGAUAUUAGGUAUCUAAAGACACAUUAGCACAUGUCUUGAUAUUUAUUAUCAUAAAGUAACAUACACACCCAGAAUAUCCAGAGGCUAAACUAGCAAAGCUCAAGAUGCAUUAAUCCUCACUUCUGAUCACUUAACAUAUCAUUAAAUUGUGGAAAUAGUAUCUUGUUAGUAUAACAUAAGCAAAUACAGUGUCACUAUUAAUAUAUUUAGAAUUCAGUAAGUAAAAUUAUGAAGUCCUAAUAUAGGUUAACAUGGCAUAGUUGAUUUGUGUGUCACAUUCCUUAUCUCACCCAGAGCUUUUUGUUUUUAUUUUUUUAGUCCUUUUAAAUUCUUGAAGUACAUGGUUUCUCUUACUACUGAACUCUUAAAAUAAGCAAGUAUUCUGUUGAAAAUCAUAUUAACAUUCCAGAAGCUGGUGAGCUUUAAUUUCUUGUUCAGCAAAAAGUUGUUUUGAAAGAACAUAUUCCUAUUUAAGGACCCAUGUUUCCCUUUUUCAAAGUGACACUAGCUGUGCAACUCUCAAACAAGGAAGAAAUUUACUAUUUGGGAAUUGUAUUCCUUCAAAUUUGAAGCAGAUCUUACUCUUUAGAAAUCUCCUCUUGGUGUUAGUUUUGUCUUCUACUCACUUACACAUAAGCUGUAUCAACUAAGUAAAAUAAGACACCUCCUAGGUGAAGCACACACCUAGUACUUGAAUGGUCUUACCUCAAACACUGAAAGUUAUUUGCAUUUGUGUAGAUUAAUUGAAAGACUACUUGGUAUGAAUAUGAACCUAGCAAUGGAUUUCAUGAAAGAAAUGAAAAUAGAGCCAAAGGUUUUUUUAGCUAUUCCUGUCUACAUCCAUGCCACAAAAUUGUAUUUACUAAGGAUUCAAAUUCAGCCAUUAAUCAUGGUAGUGGGGGGAAGGGGGAAUGGAAUGGCUACUUUACUUUUUUCCAUAGGAAAUGCUUUAGUUACCUCUAAUGCUUUGGAUACCUUUUAUAAAUCCAUUUUUAUUCUCACAUUUCAGUGGCAGAUUCUUGUAAAUAAAUCAUUUAUUCAUCUGAAUAUCAAUGUUAGAACCACAUUUUUUUGUACUUUAGGUCAUUAUGGUGGUAGAGGCUGAUUUAUUUUGUUCUAAAACUUGAGGAAAGGGUAAUCACAAUUUCCAAAUUAUGCUGGUUUUCUUAUUCCUUUGCCUAUAUAUUUACAAGGAAGCAUUCUCAGCAUUGAAUGUUAGUUGAUUAUUGUUAACUUUGGUGGCUGGGAGUGGGGGAGUGGGGCAGGGCAGUGAGCAUUUAGUGCCCAAGGCCACACAGCUAGUAAGUGUGAAGUGUCUGAGGCUGGAUUUGAACUCAGGUACUCCUGAAUCCAGGGCUGGUGCUUUAUCCACCUAGCUACCCCCAAUUAUUGUUAAUCUAUUAAGCAAUAACCUAGAGGUCCAAAUAAGUAAUGCCUUUUUUGACAUGAAAUAUGUUUCUAACAAAUCAUUUUAACAAUCAGGUGUGGCAAGUUGUCCACUCACACGUACAGGGGGCAAUGUGGCAUAGUGUGAAAGAGGACUAGCUUUGAAAUCAGAAAGACCUGUGUUGAAGUCCUAUCUCUGGCACGUAACUAGUUAUGUGACCUUGGACAAGUCACAACUUUUAGGGCCUCAGGCAUUUCUCUGAAACUUGAAGUUACUGAUAAAUUGCCUGGCUUCAUCAGUAGCCACAGUUUUCAUAUUGGGAAAUGCGGGGAAUAGUAGAAAAAUUAAUUUAUAUAAAUGAAAUAAACAGGUCUUGGACCAUCUGUAGUUUUCUAUCCAAAAAAAGACAAAAAAUUUGACAGAAUACAGUUGCUGGAGUACUGAAUUUAGUUUCAAAUCUCUUGGAUUACUGCUUAAGUACAAUUUUAAUCAAAUUUUUUACUAAAAGUAUGUUAGGAAAAGCUUCGGUAACAUCAAGUAGAACAUUAAAUAAAUCAGUAGGCCCAUUGUUAGGAGAAUUUGAAGGUACGUCUAUUCAUAAAGACAACUAACAUAGCCAUGGCUGUAGACUCGACUGCCAUCCCUAACCACCCACUUUACAAUAGUAUGGCUGGCCGGGGGAAGAUUGGGCUAAAUCUUAUAGAUGAUCAAAAUGCAUCGGUCAACCUAAAUAUGUGUGUGUUUUGAAUAGUUUGACAUUUUUAUACAUGUAUUUUCCUCCCUGUAUAAAUUUCCUUUUUGUAAAACUUCUUUCUAAAUAUUGGUACCAAUAAAUUUGUUGAAAUUUA